CCACCAACCAAUCCCUCCCACUAAGGCCGUGGGAGGAGUAUAGGGUCUAACGUGGGAGGGUGUGAGGUUAGGUGGGUGAGUGAGACAGAUCACAUCAGUAGAGUGCGCUAGGAAGCCUUACUAGGACGCCACAGCCAGUCUCCGCCACACCAUUCUCAAGUGAACGUGACCAUGGCCUCCUUCAGCUCCUCCUCCAGGUUGAUCACAGUGACGGUGUGGACACUGGCGUUGAUUUUGGCUGCCUCGGGUCUCACUCCACGCCUUGAGUACAACGACCAGACCAUCCGCAGGUACACUAAUGAGAGAACCUGCUGGUGGAACGAGAUCUGCAAGGAGGAGUUCCAGAUGGAGUUCCGGUGCAAAUGUCCUCGCUGGUCAUUUUGCAGUUCUCCUGGCAAGUACUACAAUGCCUACUGCAGUGUUAUGGCUUCUGGCUACAUAUGGAUGCAGCCUUGGCUGCCCAGAGGGGCCUAUAAUUAUAGUAGGAAGUAGGUACUUUUAGUAAUUUAUCAUCAUUCAAUUGAAAACUAGAUUCAUUAUCAAACAAACAUUUGUCCAGGGGUUAUAAUCAAAUUGUCACCUUGUUGUCAAAGCUACAUAAUCACACAAGUGCAUCAUAGGUAUACACUACAUAAAAGACCAAAGGAGACUGCAGAAGGGCUAUUGGUCCAUAGGAGGCAGCACCUAUUUAUAUCCAAUCAUAUUCCUACAUAUAUAUAUAUAUACAGUACUGUAUAAAUAUAUUUCACCUAUGCUUGAAAUAAUGCUGCAAUCCCAUAUCUAGUGUGUGUCAAAGUAAUUUGUUCCAUAAACCAACAACCCUGUUUCUAAACCACGUUAUUAACAAAUAAAAAGAAUGCUAGAUCAUAUUUUAUAGAUAAGGCUUCACUCCGUCCUUCUAUCCUGAUUUCCUAUCCAUUUCCAGUGCUACAUAGGCACACUUGCUUAGCACUUUCUCCUGAUAAUUACUUUACCUUAUCAACUAUAAAAAAAAGUUGUCACAUCUUCAUUGAACAGGCUUCUAAAAAAAAAGAAGGCAUGCCAUUACGAAUAAAAAGAUUUCUUGUAAAUUUUUUAUAACCUACAGAAACAUAAUUCAUAAUUCUAUAAUUCAUUAUUAUAACAUACAGAAAUUUUUAAAUUAAAUUGGUAUUACUCUAUUUCUGCUGCAUCUUACAUAAUGACAAUUCUAUUUACUUCAUUAUGCUUCUUACACUGUUAAGUCUCAUUUGUAUCUUUAUUAAUAAUAUUCCUUUAGAAGUUCAAUGUUUGUUACAUUGCCAGUGGCCAAGGACUGAAUGUUAAAAUAGUUUUCAUUGUGGACACUAUAUUUUAACAUAUUACUGUAGAAGUACUGAACAACAUUACAGCCAUUUUCCUCACUGUUAUAUCAGAAAAAUAAAGUGAUGAAUGAGAA